AUGUCAAAUUCAGAGUUAGAGGAUAAGAAGCUAAUCAAAGCACUACGUGCGGAGCUAGAAGAUGCUAACAAGCAGAUAAGGGAGCUCAAACUUGACCUUGCAGCCAAAUCAAUGGAGAAUGGAGGCCAUACUAAGGAACAGUUCUGGAAAUUAGUUGUCAGGCAUGAGAACGACCUACUAAAUUUCGACCAAGAGAAGUCACAGAUGAUCAAACGUGAGACUGAACUUAUUGAACAGCUUAAUACUUUGAAAGCUGAGAUCGAGGCUAGAGGAGAUUUUCAGUACAAAAUUCCACCUCCAGACCCAACGCUGGUGGCACAGCAUAAGUACGAGGUCCUUUCACUGAGCUACGAGAAAUUGGAGCAGGAAAAUGCUAAGCUGAAGAAAGACCUCGACGAAGCCAACACCAAGCUUGAAGAGAUUGACAAGAAAGUCACACAGGAAGUGGUUGAUGUUGAGGUCAUUAAGGAAGCUCUAGAGAUCAUCAAGAAUAAGAAGAAAUACCCCCUGUAA